AUGCCGCCGCCGUUACAUACCCGGCCUGAGAAUGUGCUCAGACGGGCGCAAGAGCUCAUUGCUGUCGAUCAAACCCAAGCAGCCCUCAAUGUCCUCCACGAACAUGUCACCUCGAAGCGCUCCCGGAACAGCGCCAUCUCCUCGCUGGAGCCGGUAAUGCUCCUCUUUGUCGAGCUAUGCGUCGAUCUGAGAAAAGGCAAAUCCGCAAAAGAUGGACUGUACCAGUACAAAAACAUUGCCCAGAACACCAAUGUGGGCACAAUAGAGUUGGUCCUCAAAAAGUUCAUCGAGCUUGCGGAACAAAAGGUUCAGGAGGCUCAGGCCAAGGCUGAUCAGGUUCAAUCUUCGCUCGAGUCUGCUACCACAUCGACCCAGCUUAAUGUGGAAGAUCUCGAGGCUACCGAGACUCCCGAGACUAUCCUGCUUGCCACUGUCUCCGGGGAGCAAUCCAAAGAUCGAACCGAUCGAGCCAUUGUCACACCCUGGCUCAAGUUUCUCUGGGAGACAUACCGCACGGUGCUCGAGAUCUUGAAGAACAAUGCCCGUCUCGAGGUUAUGUACCAGAGCACCGCGCAUCAAGCCUUUGAUUUCUGUCUCAAGUACACUCGAAAGACUGAAUUCCGCCGUCUUUGCGAGCUUUUGCGCAAUCAUGUCCAGAACGCAGCCAAGUACUCGUCGCAGAUGCACGCCAUCAACCUCAAUGAACCAGACACCUUGCAACGCCAUCUCGAAACACGCUUUCGACAACUGAACGUGGCUGACGAGCUAGAAUUGUGGCAAGAGGCUUUUCGAAGUGUUGAGGACAUCCACAUGCUUCUGACCCUAUCCAAGCGACCGGCCAAGAACGUCAUGAUGGCCAACUACUACGAGAAGCUCACCAAGAUCUUCCUUGUCAGUGACAACUUUCUGUUCCAUGCUGCUGCAUGGAACAAGUACUACAAUCUCCUUCGGCAAUCUGCCAACACUGUAGCGGCCGGGCAGGGAUUGAAGCGCGACAACCCCGCCGUCACGGAAGAGUCUUUGACCAAAGCUGCCUCCUUUGUCCUCCUCUCUGCCCUGGCUAUUCCUGUCAUCAGCACUUCGCGCUCCCGAGGUGCUUUGGUCGAUGUCGACGAGGCUCGGAAGAACAAGAACAACCGCUUGACCAACCUUCUUAGCAUGCCAUUUGCACCAACUAGAGCCGGUCUCUUCAAGGAUGCGCUAAGCAAAGGUCUCCUCAGACGUGUCCGGCCUGAAAUCAGAGAUCUCUACAACAUCCUCGAGGUCGAUUUCCAUCCCUUGUCCAUCUGCAAAAAGAUCUCGCCCAUUCUGGCUCAGAUAGGAAACGACCCAGAAAUGGAGAAGUAUGUUCUUCCGCUACAGCAGGUUAUCCUCACCCGUCUCUUCCAACAACUCUCGCAAGUCUACGAGUCUGUCGAAUUGAGCUUCGUUACUCGCCUCGCCCAAUUCCCUGCUCCAUUUGAAGUUACGCCUGCUAUGAUCGAGAAGUUCAUCAUGAACGGCUGCAAGAAAGGCGACUUGUCGAUUCGAUUGGACCACGUCUCCGGGAUCUUGUCCUUUGAUCAGGACGUUUUCUCCUCUGCCAAGGCUCUCCACCCUGGUAGUGCAGCAGGAUCAGCGGAGAGCGAAGUUGGCUCGGUUCAACGACUGCAGAAUACCCCUGCCGAGAUUGCUCGAUCACAACUCACCAGAUUGGCCAAGACGUUACAUGUCACGUGCAUGUACGUCGACGAUUCUUUCAACAAGUCUCGUCUGGCUGCCAGGGAGUCUGCUCUUGCCCGCGCUGCGGAGGGAGCAGAACAAGAGCAUUCCGAGACACUCGAGAGACGCGCCGUCAUCGAGAAGAAGAAACAGGCGGCUUCCGAGGCGUUCCAGAAGAGACUGCGGGAAGAGGAAACCCGACGCCGAAUCCGGGCACAACAACAAGCCGAAGCUGAAUCCCAGCGUCUGCGUGACGAAACAAGAGCUCGUGAGCUUAAACGUGUCAAGGAUGAACAGGCGCGGAUCCGACGCCAGGAAAUCGAAAAGCAGCUUGCAGAGCUUCAAAGCGGCGUCAAGAUUGAUCUUGCUGAUGUCAAUAUUGACGAACUGGAUAGCAACCAGAUCCGGUUCCUGAAGUUGUCACAACUGGAAAAGGACAAGAAAGAAAAGGAUGAGAAGAUCCGUAUUACUGCCAAGCGCCUUGAUCACCUGGAGCGUGCCUUCCGCCGUGAAGAACUCAAGUACGCGGAACAGGACUACGAGAAACAACGUGCCGAAGACAUGAGGAUUUAUGAACACAACAAGCAGAUUGCAUUGAAGGAGGCGCAAGAGAAACACAAGGAGGGGUUGGCUCUCAAGCAUCGUCUCAGCAGACUUAUUAAGCACUACGAUUCAUUCAAGGGCCAAAUCACCGAGCGUCGUUCUGCCGAGUUUGAAAGACUUCGCAAGAAGGCCGAACGUGAAUUCGAGGAAGAGAAACGGAAGCGAAUCCGAGCAUACCAGGAAGAAAAGGCCAGACAGCUCGCUGCACAAGAAGCUGAAGAGCGCCGCCUUCGCGAAGAAGAGGAGCAGAGACAACGCGAAGAGGAAGAGAAAGCGCGCAUCGAGGAGGAGAAGAAGCGGCAGCGCGAAGAACGACUCGCCCGACUCGAAGCUGAACGAAAGGAGCGUGAUGAAGCCGCGAAGAAGCAAAUGCAACGCGAAGAAGAGGCAGCAGCCAGAAGGGCAGCCCGCAAGACGGAGCAGGCCGCACCAGCACCAUUCUCUCGCGCGGCCCCAAGAGAACCACCUACCAUGGACAACCGCACGGAUUCUCAAGAAGGUCCCCGCACUGCACCUCGCAUCCCUCUUGCAGGCAAGGCAGGCGGUGGUUGGCGAGAACGACAAGCCGCAAAGGAAGCUGCGGGCCAAGGACCGGCUGCUACUGAAGCUCCUGCCACCGCCUCCUCCCCAGAACCUCCCCAGCCAGCUCCAAUUCGUCGAUCAGGCUAUGUCCCUCCUCAUCUGCGCGAGGGAGGUGGCUCCCGACCCGCCGGGGAGGCACCUCCAUCUCGUGAUCGCGAUCUUCCGCAUCGUGGCGCCUCUUCUUCGCCGGCUAAUGGUGGCCCUGCCCCCAGCGGCCGGUACGUACCUGCACACAUGAGAGAUGGAGGACGCAGUUUGUCACGGGAAGGCGCUGGGUCGCCAGCCCAAGGCAGUGGUGAUGAAGGUGCGCGACCAGAGAGAAAGCCUGCUUUGGGCAGUGGCGGCGGUGCGACUGGUGGACGGUACGUGCCGCCUAGCAUGCGCAACCGUCAGCAGUAG